UCCUGCAGACAAUGCCGUUGUCCUCAAUGUGCUUGGACUGCCUAUGGUGACUUCUACAACAUUUCGGAAGCUCGAAUCUUUGAGGGACAAGUUGUUGACCCAACUGGCAGAGGAUGUUGGACUACAUGCUAGGUCGCCACAUUCACCACAGCUGCCUCAAGAUAAGCCUCAGCAGAUUGCUGCUAAGGUCAAAGAGCUUCUGAAGAAGUUGAUUGACAAUGGAGUUGGACACAUGAAACAAUCAGACGCACAACAGUUGGAAGCGAUUGAGUUUCGCAACUAUAUUGAAUCAGACGAUAGUGACAAAAGGUCCAAGACUGUGUUGGAUGAUGUGUUGUCGUGCUUGCAAUCAGCAAUCGAUCUGUGCCUCAUCGCAGCAGAUGAGUUCGGGAAGCAGGGUGACCAGGAAUACAUGGAUCAGCUUGGAGGAGCAAUGCGGAGCACCUACAAGUAUUGCCUAUCACUCUUUCUCGAGUUUAUCUUCCGCACAGAUGACAAGAGUAUCUCAGUGAACGGCAAGUCUUUCAGAAUCUACAGCGCGCUACGCUUUGAACUAUUCACCUUCUUCAUGAAGACACACUUGGAUAUGGCA